UUAUAACCUCAAAAUGACUGGUCGUGGUAAAGGUGGUAAAGGUUUGGGAAAAGGUGGUGCUAAGCGUCAUCGCAAAGUUCUUCGUGAUAACAUCCAAGGUAUCACGAAACCAGCUAUAAGACGUUUGGCUCGCCGUGGUGGAGUUAAGCGUAUUUCUGGUUUGAUUUACGAAGAAACUCGUGGUGUAUUGAAGGUAUUUCUGGAAAAUGUGAUCCGUGAUGCAGUUACAUAUACAGAACAUGCCAAAAGGAAGACUGUUACAGCCAUGGAUGUUGUAUAUGCUUUGAAGAGACAAGGUCGCACCCUCUACGGUUUCGGAGGCAAAAGUACAGCUUGGAUGUUUGGUAAUACACCACCUUGUGCGAUUGUGACACCAGACAACAAUUUGUUUAAUUCUUCAUCAUUACGGAUGGCCAAUUUAUUGAAGCAAGUUCAUCCUGAUACUGGUAUUUCAUCCAAGGCUAUGAGCAUCAUGAACAGCUUUGUGAAUGAUAUAUUCGAACGCAUUGCUGCUGAAGCUUCACGUUUGGCCCACUAUAACAAACGAUCCACAAUUACUAGUCGGGAAAUUCAAACUGCAGUUCGCCUUUUACUUCCUGGUGAAUUGGCUAAGCACGCAGUUAGUGAAGGUACUAAAGCUGUCACUAAGUAUACCAGUUCCAAUUAUAACCUCAAAAUGACUGGUCGUGGUAAAGGUGGUAAAGGUUUGGGAAAAGGUGGUGCUAAGCGUCAUCGCAAAGUUCUUCGUGAUAACAUCCAAGGUAUCACGAAACCAGCUAUAAGACGUUUGGCUCGCCGUGGUGGAGUUAAGCGUAUUUCUGGUUUGAUUUACGAAGAAACUCGUGGUGUAUUGAAGGUAUUUCUGGAAAAUGUGAUCCGUGAUGCAGUUACAUAUACAGAACAUGCCAAAAGGAAGACUGUUACAGCCAUGGAUGUUGUAUAUGCUUUGAAGAGACAAGGUCGCACCCUCUACGGUUUCGGAGGUUAAAUAAAUAAUAUUAGUUUAAAAAUGCAAUACUAUUAACACUAUAUUGCCCAAUGGUCCUUUUCAGGACCC